AGAAAAAAAUGCCGAAUGCGUUGGGUGUUGUACGUGGUGUAGUAGUGUCGCUCUUCGUAAAUAAAUACAAAUAACAUUGCAAAUGAAUAUUGUUUAAUUGGAGAAUAAUUUUGCAACUUUUAAAAUUGAUUCCGUUGUUUAAAGACAAUCAUUUCAAAGUCAUAACAUCAUACAUAUCAUCAUUCUAUUAGAAACAAGAUGUUAAAAUUUAUACGUGGAAAAGGCCAGCAGCCUUCAGCAGAAAGACAACGAUUGCAGAAAGAACUUUUCUCCUACAGGAAGACUGCACAACAUGGAUUUCCGCAUAAACCAUCCGCGGUGGCCUAUGACCCGAUAUCUAAACUAAUGGCCAUCGGAACCCAAACGGGUGCUCUCAAAGUAUUUGGUCAACCCGGUGUAGAAUUUUAUGGACAACACACGCUUAUCAGCAACUCAGCCGCAGAACUCAAUGUACAGCUUUUGGAGUGGGUCUACGGCACAGGACGUGUGUUGUCGUUGACAGCUUCAAACCAUUUGAUUUUGUGGGAACCGGUCGGUGCAACAUUGGUUGCCAUCAAGACAUUGCCUUUUGACGGUAAAUUGAAGAAAGUCUCAUCGCUUUGCUGUUCGUUGAACAAAGACAUUGUUUGGAUUGGUACCGAGGGUGGCAAUAUCUAUCAAUUCGAUCUAAAUUCGUUCUCAAUACGUGAACCAGUUAUCUAUCACGAUAUUGUGCUGGAACAAGUGCCUCCAACAUACAAGUUAAAUCCAGGUGCUAUUGAAUCUAUACGCCAACUGCCAAAUGCGCAUAACAAAUUGCUUAUUGCGUAUAAUCGUGGACUUUGUGUAUUAUGGGAUCUAGAAACUUCCGCAGUAGUGCGGGCAUACAUUGCACCCGGUCAUGGACAGAGUGUGGGUCUGUUUGUGAAUGCAACUGGAACUCAGUUUACCUGGUACCAUGCUGAUGGUUCAUACGCAUCUUGGAGCUUAACUAACGCCGAAGCACCGAAGAACGUCAAUUACGUUCCCUAUGGACCGGAUCCAUGUAAAAGCAUAAAUCGUCUGUAUAAGGGCAAGCGUGGAUCGGCUGAAGUUGUUAUAUUCUCUGGUGGCAUGCCUCGUUCAGCAUAUGGAGAUCAUAACUGUGUGUCUGUACAUGCAACUGACGGCAAUAAAGUGUGCUUGGACUUCACAUCAAAAGUUAUAGAUUUUUUUGUGACAUUCCAAAAUAAUACCGACAAUGUCGAAGUUCUGGUCGUACUACUAGAAGAAGAGUUUUGUGCUUAUGAUUUAACAGAUAGUAAAGUUCCUGUUCUAAAAGCACCAUAUUUACAUUCGGUCCACGCUUCCGCUGUUACGUGCAAUUACCUGGCAUCUCAGGUUACUCAGGAGGUCUAUAAUAAAAUCGUGCAUGCAGGAGAAGAACAAGAUGCCAAUUGCAGCCACUUAGAAUGGCCAAUUAAUGGCGGUAUCUUGGAAGAAGAUGUGCCGGACGAUGUGGACAAUGAAGAUGCACGUCUAUAUGAAAUACUAUUGACUGGGCAUGAAGACGGUUCUGUGAAAUUUUGGGAUUGUACAGGUGUUGUCCUAAAACCACUUUACAAUUUUAAAACCGCACCAUUGUUUGGGCAUGAGAAUCAGGAUGAUAUACCUGCGGAAACAUCUGAGCCCUUGGAUGAGUCAGAGCCACCAUUCCGAAAGUCCGGCCUUUUCGACCCUUACUCCGACGAUCCCCGUUUGGCUGUUAAAAAAAUAGCUUUGUGUCCCAAAACUGGGCGUCUUAUUGUUGGUGGAACUGCUGGUCAAAUCGUGAUUGCAAACUUUGACAACGGCGAAUCUGAAAGCGCCACGCUUAAAGCUAGUUCUAUGAAUUUGGUAAGCGAUCGUGAUGGAUUUGUCUGGAAGGGACAUGAUCAACUGACGGUACGACCGAAUCUGCUUGAGCCUGAUGCUGAACCUGUUGGUGAUGCUGGUGUCGAAAUAACGGGCGUGCUACAAGUUCUUCCUCCGGCCAGUAUAACCUGCUUGGCUCUGGAAGCAAAUUGGGGUUUAGUGGCUGGGGGCACCGCUCAUGGUUUAGUUUUAUUUGACUAUAACACGUUUCUGCCGGUUUUCCACCGUUGCACUCUCAAUCCAAAUGAUUUAACAGGUGCAGGUGAGCAAUUGUCCCGACGUAAGUCAUUUAAAAAGUCGUUACGUGAAUCUUUCCGUAAAUUGCGUAAGGGCCGUUCUACGCGAAACAAUCCAUCACAAGUGCCUACAACUUUGGAAGCACGCCCGAUUGAACGACAAGUAGAAGCGCGUUCCACCGACGAUGGCAUGGGCUCUAUGGUUCGAUGCUUACAAUUCGCUAAAACUUUUAUAACUAAUGUAAAUAUAACUUCGCCCACAUUGUGGUCGGCCACAAACUCGAGCACAGUAUCAGUUUUCCUGUUACAUUUGCCACCUGCUCUAACUGCUGCCACCAAUAUACCACCAGUUACCGGUAACCCAGCGGCAACAACAGCAGCUACACAGCCAAGACGCGUGUCAGCGCAAUUGGCGAAAGAAAUCCAACUUAAGCAUCGUGCACCUGUCGUUGGUAUUGCCAUAUUCGACCAGCAUGGCUAUCCAGUUGAUCAGCAUAGCAACAGUAGUGCCGUUUCACCACCACAUCGUUUAUUAAUCGCAUCUGAAGAGCAAUUUAAAGUGUUCUCACUGCCACAAUUGAAACCAAUCAAUAAGUAUAAGCUAACCGCGAAUGAGGGUGCACGUGUACGACGUAUACAUUUUGCAUCAUUUUCCUGCCGCUUGCCAGCUGAUUUAUUGGCACAAGGUGUUGGUGGUAGCCCGUCCAAAUCAAUGUCAAUGCGAUCACAAGAGAAUACACAAGAUUUAGCCAACACCAGCGCCAACACUACCGGAGGUAGUGCCAACGAUGCACGUUUAUAUCACGAAAUGGCGCUGCUCUGUCUAACGAAUAUGGGUGAUAUAAUGGUACUUUCGGUACCGGAGCUGAAGCGACAACUAAAUGCUGCGGCUGUCCGACGCGAGGAUAUUAAUGGCAUUUCAUCGCUUUGUUUUACAAAUGGCGGAGAGGCAUUAUACAUGCUUUCCUCCUCGGAACUGCAACGCAUAUCUCUAUCAACUACGAAAGCCGUUACCCCAAAAGGCGGUAUUGAAGUGGAAGAGUUGGUUGCCGAUGAGCACGCAGCUGCAGCUGGCGAUGCGAAUAGCAUAAAUGAAGAGAACCAAGAAAACAUUGACGUAGCGAGUUUGUCUUCAGCAAGAAAUUCACAAGAUCCGGGUGCGAAAGAUCGCACAAAACCGCUUGAACUCGACAUCGAUCUGCAGAAGGGAGGCAUUACUCUAACCAAUGGUGUUAAUACGCACUCGGACAGUAAUUCUCCGAAUCGUGCCAACGAGACAAUCACUAGUUCAAUGGGCGAUAUAACGGUUGAUUCCGUGCGAGAUCAUUUGAACGCCACAACAACUACUUUAUGUACCACCACAACUGAAGAAACUGUCGGUCGACUAUCUGUAUUAAGCACACAAACUAAUCAAACUUUGACCAGUGCAAACAUGAAGGAUGUCAGCGAUUUCAACAUACCAAAUCUUAUGGAUUUGGCACCUUUAAGCAAUACAACUGAAACUAAUAGCAGCUCUGUGGUUAUCAAAUCAAUUAUCACUAGUAUUUCCCAUGAAAAGACCAAUGGCGAAACGGAGACAGUUACAACAAAGACAACCCAACGCGAAGAAAGUCAAUUUUAAGACCAAUUUUUUAAACUGACUCCGACAAAAAAUAUAUAUAAUUCGAAAUUCAGCAUGGCGAUAUAGCGAUUUGAAAUAAUUAAAACUAUAUAUUUAAGUUUUGUAUCGUCUUACAUUGCAAUAUCUUCUAUUUUAAUUUUAGCAUUCUUGUUUCUUUAAUUAAGGCACUUUCCGAACAACACCAAUCAAUGAAUUAUUCUAACUUUGCAUCUAUCAUUUUAAAUAUAAGUUUUUAUUUAAAGAUUUUUCCAAAAAUCUUACCACACAUUUUCACUAAAACUGCACUGAACCUCAAACGCAUCCAUGUAGCGCAAUAACUUAAUACUUACAUAUAUCUACUUUAAAUAAUGAAUGUUAACAAAAAACACAUAAGUACAACUAAAAGAUUGCCUUACUUACAAACAAUACGAAUAAUUAUUAAACAAGUUUCGGGAUGUAAUAGUUAUUUAUGUCUCUUUGCGAGUAAUGACACGAAUCGAAUUUCAUUUCACGUUAAAAUAUUUUUAAAAACAUUUCAAUUUGCAACACGCUUAUACUACUUCUUACUAACUAUAAAGUAUUAUUAAAUUAAUGUAUCCCGACCAGCUUUGGAGCAUCAGCAGGUAUUCUACUAUUAAACUUAAAUUUCUUCCAUUACCUGUUACAUUUAAAACAAAAGAAACACCAAACCAGAUAAGGAAAAUUAACGAAGUACUACUUUUACUGUUGUUACUAUUAUUACAAAAAAUUAUAAAGUAAAACCUGUUGGCAUUUAACUGACAUGUACACACGCUAUUGAGUAAGCUGUUGAUGUACGCUAUUUAAAUAUACACAAUUCAUUUAUAAAACAUAUACAUAGACACUGUAUUUAAAGAGUUUUUAAACUCGAACUUUUUUAUAUUUUACAUUGUGGAGUAUUUUUGGACUAUUUGUAUAGAAAAUUUACAAAUGUAUAAAAUAUUUGAUGAUAUAAUGAAUACUGUUAUCGAAAAUUGUUAAUUUUCAGAAAUUAUUUUCAAUAAAAGUGUAAAGAUUUGCCGCUAAUAUUUCUUUUGCAAUGCGUUAAAUCUUUAGAAAAAUAAUCACCACAGAAUUUCGAAUAUUGGAAAAAAUAAUGUUUAAAA